UGCGUGGUGACGUCAUCAAUCUUACUGAGCCAUGCGUACUGAGGGUUCGCCGUCGACUCUCGGCGGUUGUUGUUAUGAUUGAAACAGGCCUCUGACUAAAUUAAAAAGUUCUCCCGCCGCUGCCCCGGGACACCUGCUCAUGGAGGGCAUGGACGUCGAUCUGGACCAGGAGCUCAUGCAAAAGUUUAGUUGCAUGGGCACCACGGAUAAAGAUGUGCUAAUCUCUGAGUUCCAGAGGCUGCUGGGUUUCCAGCUGAACCCGGCCGGCUGCGCGUUCUUCCUGGACAUGACUAACUGGAAUCUUCAAGCAGCUAUUGGAGCAUAUUAUGACUUUGAGAGUCCGAAUAUCAACACACCAUCAAUGUCUUUUGUAGAAGAUGUGACGAUUGGCGAGGGCGAGUCUGUGCCCCCAGACACUCAGUUCACGAAGACGUGGCGGAUACAGAACACAGGAUCGGAGUCGUGGCCUCCAGGUGUGUGUCUGAAGUACAUUGGCGGAGACCAGUUUGGUCAUGUGAACAUGGUGUUGGUGAGGUCUCUGGAGCCACAGGAAAUCUCAGAUGUCAGUGUCCAGAUGCACAGUCCAGCCAAUCCAGGCAUGUACCAGGGCCAGUGGAGAAUGUGUACAGCUACUGGACUUUUCUAUGGAGAUGUGAUCUGGGUGAUCCUGAGUGUAGAGGUUGGAGGUUUGCUUGGGGUCACACAACAGCUGUCCUCUUUCGAGACUGAGUUUAACACUCAGCCACACCGCAACGUUGAGGGAGACUUCAACCCCUUCGCCUCACCACAGAAGAACAAGCAAGACGCCAAUGAAGAUAACCUAAAAGACACCAGAGGCCCCUGGGUGGCCCCUCUGGACUCCAUACAGCAAGAUCAAAAUGGACUGUCUCACAAUUCUGUAAAUAUUACGCCAAAUGGUCUUCAAAACAACUUAUCAGUAGUGACUUACAGCCAGGGCUGUCAUGGGCCCUACCCUUUUGGACAGUCUUAAAAGACAAGAAUCAUCACCACCACCAGGCAGCUCCGUGGAGCCAUCACUCUGGAAUCCCCCUUUUCUAUGGGGUUAUGCAGGGGAGCAACAGAUUUCUUAAAAACUUGACAACCCUACUCUCCCCUUGCAUUACAACACAACCUACGAAAUGGACAAGGCUGUUUGGAUCUAAAUAAAUCUUCAGCCAUCUUCAACACGCAUGUGUGAAUGCUAAAUUAAGAUGAGUGCUAGAAUUCCUCAGUUAAAUACACAGAUCUUUUGUUUUUAUUGUCACGUUGCUGCAAUAGUCAGGUGAGCUGGUGUGAGUGGGUGUGUGAGAGUGGGAGAGAGAGAAUGUGUGAGACAGGUAGAGUAUGUGUGCUUGUAAGCUUGUGUGUGGACCAUGCACAAAAGAGAUAUGAAAAAAGCCAUUGAAAAAUACCUUUUGAUUGUGAAGAAGUUUUUAUAAUUUACUUUGUGAGCCGUAUGAUUUUACUGAGAAAUCACAUCAUUUUUAAAAAAAACAAAACAAUUGAUCGUUCAAAGCUACUCGAAAUCUGUCUUUUUUUUUUCUUCUUCUUCUUCAGUUAUCAAAGAUCUCAACAGUACAUAAAAAAGUUAAAGGUAGCUUAAGAUCACUUGCACAGAUUCAGUAGUAAUGCUUGUUAAAGGCCAGAAGAUGGAACUGUUGAACCUCAGAAAACAUACAGACACAGCUACAGUAUGUAAAACUUAAAAGGCCCCUCAAUUCUUCAGUGUAAAUUUCACAAAUGAGGAAUUUUUACAGAUCCCAAGUGCAUUGUUAUUAUGUUAUUGGGCCCUGUGAUCUAUUCAUCAUGGUCACUCAUUUGAUGUUCAUUUUCCUUCGAAGGCCAAGAGCAUUUGAGCUUGUGUGGUGGUUUAAAUCCUAGCAGCUCACAACUAAGGCAUAAAUGUUUAGCUCCAGCAUUAUUUUCAUGAAAAUUAUUUUUUAAUGCAAGAGUUGACAGAAGCACAUUGUUAUUGAUUAUUUAGGUAUUUUCAGCUCCACAGUUUUACAUUAAAUAUAUCAAACUCUCUGCACCUUUUUUUUCUUUUCUUUUUUCCAUAUCUGGCAUUUAUUACACCCCAUGUAUAAGAUGCAAACACAUUACUAUUCACAGGGAAAUCAUUCUUAGCCUAAAUCAUGUUUACGAACGUUUAUGAAAGGACAUGAUGUAUUCAGUAUGUCAGUGUAUGCAUUACACACUAUUUAUAAUAAUUUAAAAUAAAAAAAUGUCAGUUUUCGUUUAGUAAUUGAGUUAUAAUAAUGAAAUUGGCUGAAACAAGUGUGCAGUAUCCCAAUAUAACAAAACAAAUGCAUUGCUGAUGAUGUUUUGUGUUCACAUUCACUGUCAUUUUAUGAUAAAAAGAUCAUUGGAAUUUCAUUUAAUGAUGAGCUACACUGAAAUGUUUGGCAAAAUGGCUCUCUCUGCUAUGCAUCUGGUGUUUGACGAAGGGAUGGUUUGGCGCGUAUACUUAGACUUUGUUUUCUAUAUUGUAUAUGUUUUAGUUCAAAUCACUGAUUAUCUAUGCAGUGUUUGAAGGGAUUUUCUGUUUUUUGUUUGUUUGUUUCUCCAGGUAAACACAAUAUGUUGGAAAUCAUCAAUGCUAUAGAGCUAGCUGAGGUUGUAUUUGACUGCCAUAGAGAUUAGACAGGGGAAAAAGCUUUCUCAAUUGGACAGUAUCAUGGUCUGAAGAGUCAAGUCUUCCUUGGAGUAGUUUUAUUGAAUGUCCUCAUCCCAACUGCACAGAUAUAAUUUUUUCUCAUUGUUGCUGUCUGGCUUAAUGUGUGUGAGAGGCUAUAUUUGAGUGACAAGUUGUGCUAUUGUUCAUUCUUUUUGAAUUUCUAUUUGUUUGCUGUUGAGUUUUCUGCACGGUGGCAUGGUGAAUGGAUGAGCAGAGUGUUUGCAUAGAGACCUGUGGUAGCACAUUUAACAAGAAGAAAAAAAUACAGAACUGAAACCUUUUUCCUGUAUGUGUAAAUGAACAUUUCUAUAAUUAAAUGAAUACUUAAGAAUUAAAA